AUGCGGCACGUCCACGUUGCGGCAGCGAACAAGCGCGACCGUGGCAGUUCGCAGCAGCGCGCGCUGGAUUCGUUCUUCCGGCAGAACCGGGUGACUGUGGCGCGCGAGACCGGCGUAUUGUCCGGCAACUUCGCUACGGACCCGCUCACCCCGCGCGACGAAAUCGCCGUCACGAUGCCGUCUAACCACGAGCGGCCUCGUACCAGAACGGCCGAGCUCAUUGCUGGAUCGGCCGCGAUGGCGUUCAACAGACGACCUCGACCAGAUUCAAGCGCGAGUAUCGAGACGCCGACGGACUUCCGCAGCGACGAAUACGAUUCGUUCAUAGGCGAGCACAAAAUGCCGUCUGUGGUGUCUACAGGCUCGUCGAACCUGUAUCGCUCCGACUCUUCCAACAUCUACCAGUCGGACUCGAUGUUCUCCGACACCAGCUCGGUAUCGCUCGGCAGCAUCGCGCCGUCCGUGUCGUCCAGUCAGCGGUCCAUACAAACGCCAAUGUACCAGACACGACUCGAUUCAGUGGCGUCUUCAACCGUUCGGAACUCCAAACGCGCGUCGUCCGCGACGUCGAUCGGAGAAGGCCGAGACACGAACCGGUCAGACCGAUCCAGUAGCGACUUCUCGGUAUUCAACUCGUCGCCCGUGGCGUCAUCGGACGGCGACGUUUACCGUAUCAGUACAGAGCUUAUCGACGUGUCGGCGUUGCCGGCAACUACCUCGGAAAAGUCCGAACCCGGCAACAGCUAUCCGAGUAAUGGUCGGAUGAGCGAGGCGUUAAGCGAGCUCAGCGUGGACGAGAGCUACACGUCCGAACUCACAGGCACUGAGAGCUUCUCCACCGAUUUUAGUAUCGACGAUGGCUUCCGAACCGACGACAGCUUCGCCACUGUAGACAGUUUUGCCACCCGGACAACACAAGACACGGAAGACGACCGGGACUCGGACUCGAUAGUGUUCCGGAACUCGAAAGGUUCGGAACUGAGCGAGGGCGAGAUUUAG